CAGGUCACGUGUGUCCGGUCUUAGUGGAGUAGGAAACUUUUACCUUCUAAUUUCUCAAUGUUUACUAAAAUUAUGUAGCCAUGUGGAGGUGGCUCAGUGGAAUUCCCAGAGCCGUCCGAAACCACCUCCAUGGUCCCAGAGCCUCAGCAUCUGGUGUCUGUAAAGAAGAUGAAUUAGAUGAAGCAAAGAAAUGUGCAGAGAACUGUCACCAGCACUACAAAGCCCAGUAUAGACUAGGAGCUUGGUCUGACUAUCAGGAAGGCUCCCAUGAUGACUACCAAUGGGAACAAGAGGCUGGACCUGACAAGGAGAAAGGUUACAGACACACCCCAAACUUCUGGAAUCUGUUCUGUGGACCAGGGUCAUGUGAGGCUUUAGGAUUGGGGACAAUUGUAGUUGUCGGCCUGCAGCUAACCAAAUACCAUCUGUUGAUAGACAGAUGGGAGAAGUUGAAAGACAAAGAUAGGCGUUCCCACUGCUUGCUUUACAAGAUCAGGAGUGUACUGCCCGAACCAUGUCUACUGAAGAAUUCUGUUCUGGAGACAAAUGAUUCUCCUCCCUCAGACAGGAAACAUACCUCUCCAGUGUCAAAACUAUACCAAAGACAUCCGUCAUUAUUGAAUACUUCUACACAGGAUGCUAAGGAUGGUGAGAAGACUGAUGAUAGGUUUGUGGCAGAGGAAGAAGUGUUGGCCUCUAGCCCUUCUCUUGAUCCUUUGGAAACUGUAAUGAAGGAGUUUGAAGCAAUUUGUCGUAAUUAUGCUGCUGUUGGACAAAACAUUGCCGGACUUAAGAAGGCUAUGGCAGGUCAGCUGACACAGGCAGCCAAUCACUGGGCUGAGGCUAGUUGCUCAGCAUAUGGCAAGGCAAACUUCAAUCUGGGUUUGUGUUAUGAAACUGGACGUGGGGUGAAGAAAAAUAUUAAACAGGCUAUGAAACUGUAUGAGCGAGCAGUGAUGGAGAACCACCCACAGGCCAUGUACAACCUAGCACUUAUCUAUCUGGGAGAAGAUGGGGCUCUCACAUCACCUGCCCUCGGUAUACAGCUUAUGGAGAAGGCAGCUGACCUUGGAUUAGCUCAGGCCCAGACAUUCAUGGGAGUACAUAUCAUGGAGCAGAAACAACCAUCUCUGUUCAAAGCUGUCGCCUACUUCAGAGCUGCUGCUGGACAGGAUGACUCUGAUGGAGAGUACUUCCUAGCACUGUGUUAUGAGCAGGGACUUGGUGUAGAAGAGAACAAGUGUCGUGCUGCAGAUUUGUACAGCCAGGCAGCCACCAAAGGCCAUGAUGGUGCCAUCUACAAUCUUGCCUUCUUCCAUGAGCACGGAUUAGGGGGGCUACCAGAGGAUCAAGUUACAGCCAUGACCUUGUACAGGAAAGCUGCUGAUGCAGGAAAUGAAAGUGCUCUCAGUUAUCUUGAAGGUCCACAACAAACAGCUUCUCCAACCUGGAAAGAACAGUACAUGUAUGACUUUGUGGAGGAGCCACAGCUUGAGAUACAGAUCCCAAACCCCAUCCAGGUGGAGCCACUGAAAGUGAAGAUGCCACCUGUUGAACAAAUCCCAUUGUCUUUAUCUUCUCCAUCCCUCAGUGACUACUUACGCAAACACAUUGAAGAUCUAGAUGUGAAACGUGAUGUACAACAAGAUGUAGCAUCACUAUCAAUUCUUCAGCCUCAAUUUGUAGGCGCGAAGAAAACAAGAAUUCAGAAGGAUAAAAGUGACUUCUUUACUGUUGGAACCAGUAAAACUGGUGGUGCCCCCACGUGGGCUGACAUUGACGAAGAAAAUGUUGAGGACAGAAGCCACUUAUCUGCCAUGUUGCAGAGAAAUAACACUGUGCCUGAUGUAAGAUCCAUUUCCUGUUCCUAAUGGCAAGUGGACGUAGGUCAUCAAAUUCAUCUGUAUUAUCUAGCUGUCAUCAACUAAGGACCAUAAGCUGUUUUAUCUGUAUCAUCCAACAUUUUUGUCAAUCAAAGAAAAAAAGGUCUUUUGAUUCAUCUGUAUUCACUGAAUGUCAUCAACACAGGAAUAUAGGUCUUCUUAUUUUCCUGUUUCAUUUAAAUAACAUUGGCAUAUCAUUCUAUGUGUUAGGAUUUGUGUUUGUAGCAUACUGAUGGUUUAGGAAAUUGAGGGAGAUUUCAGCAAGAAAGUCCUACAUAAAUCAAACGGUAUUCAGUAUAAGUUACCACAGGUAAACUUCUUUACAGUCUGUUUAUCAAAACCUUUCCCACUUUUUACAUCUAUUUGAUGAUCAUGACAUCAAGUGAUAAUUAUAGCCUGAUUAUUUUGUUCCUUCCUAAAACUCACCAACAUAUUCCUCCCAUUCGGAUGAUUGCUUGGUUUAAGGUACGACAGAACUGGAUUCUGUUUAUGGUAGAAAAUUUAUAUAAUAUUGGAUGGAAUGAAAUCAAUACGAGUUCAAACCAUUGAGUUGUACAAUAGUUUGUGUGUGUAAUUACUAGCUGGAGAACAAAACCAAGUUAAACUUUCUCUGGUGCAUUGUUGAUGUUGGUGUGCAGAAAUCCAUGUUUAUAAUAAUAAUAAACUUUUUUUAUUUUACAACAAUCAUGAAGGAUGUUUUUCUAACUGAUACUAAUCACUCUUGUUGGUUCGGAUGUAAGCACGCGAGGGGUCUUAUUGUGGGAGGAAACCCUAAGUACCCAGGGAAAACCCACGUGGUUGGGCAGGUGACCCCAUACCUUUUCACAUCCAUUCCGGGAAUGGAACACGGGAUGGCUAGGUGAAAGGCAGGUGCGUUACCACUGUGCCAACUGACCACCCUCUUUAAAUUCAAAGUACUUGUAGUUUCUGUAGUAACAAAACUUUCGUAUGUGUUGGUAGUCCUUAUAGAAAAUAUCAACCAGAUACAGGUAUAGCAACUGUAUGUAUACAAUGUAACAUAUAAUAUGGUGUAGUUCUCUUACGAUGAUUCAUGGAAUUUCUGGACUGUUUUUAUCUUUGAAAAAAUGUUGAGGUGACAUUUGUCAUGACCACGUAAAUAUAUUUUUAUGUCAUCUGUCCCAAGGGUCUGAUGACCUACUGCGAUCGCCUUUUGUCCAGCAUCGUCCGUCGUAAACAUUUUCAACUUCUUCUCAAGUUCUACAUGUCUCAUUGAGCUGAAACUUACCUGAAAUGAACGUGACAUGAUCCUGACCAAAGUGUGUUUAUUUCGGGUUGGUCCGAAAUCCAACAUGGCUGCCAUCUUGAAAACACAUUUUCGACUUCUUAAGUUCAAAAUUUGAAAUCUUGUAUUUUAUGUCAGAUGACGGUUAAGGCCCAUGGGCCUCUUGUUAAAAUCCUAUGUUGGGUUGACAUCUGUUGUGACCACAAACAUAUAUGUAAUGUCCCACACUUUUCCUUAAGUUUCCAGUAAUUAGGUCAGAGUUACCAGAACUACAAUAAGAUCCCCAAUGCAGUCCCACACAUGAAAGAACAAAAACUAAUCUAAAGCAGGGUACCACACUAAUUUUUGAUAUCACGAAAAAUCUCAUUUCAUUACCAGACUAAUAGGGGGUUGUUUUUGUCUGGUAGUCAAACCUUGAUCCAUAGCUACACAAACAUACAUUACUAUCAUUCAAAUGACUGUAAAUAUUCUUUUGUUUUAUAAUGUACAGUUUUAAACUCACAAGUAUUACCAUGCUUUAUUCCAUGUAGAAAGAAUCAGAUUCUGUCUGCAAUCAUGUAUUAUAAACUGCCAAAGCGCAGUUAUAAAUUUGUUCCAAAACUGAUCUCUCAGGACAUUGUACAGUGGUAAUAAUUAGUCAGGUAACUGACAAAUUUAAUUAAAAAUUUCAAUUAAUCAGAGACAACUUAUUGGAAAUGGAUUCCUGUGUUUACUUUUUCACUAAAUUAUCUUUUCAAAAAUCUGAAUAUUUCCAAAAAUCACAGAAUAUCACAAAUUCACAUGAUACUGGUCAACUGAUCAGUUGAUUUCUUAUCGAUGUUCCUGGAAUCAUUUCAGCAUACCAGGAGGAUCAAUAUCUAAAUCUUUUGUUAUUACUACUCUAUGUUGAAGAGACAAAUUAAGCUGAAUGAGAAAGGAUUGUUUUGCUGAGAGUAGAGGCGAGAAGAACUUUUUUCUGCAGAAGUGAGAGGUUCGGUGAAAUGAGGACUGGUUAACAUAAGUGAGAGAGGUUAGUUGAUUUUGUGUUAUCACUUCCCAAAGUGGAAGUAUUGUCAGAUCCUAAAAUGGAUCUCUGACCAACCUUUUAUCCCGAGUGUGAAGAAAUUGUUUUGAUGAUUUUGUUUGUUUUUAUUAUUUUGUUAUGUUUCAAUGUAGCUUUAUAUAUACUCAUUGUAAGUUUGAGAGUAAUAAACUAAUAAAACUCUUCAA